AUGGCUAUAUCCAAGCUGGGAGCAGAGCAGAAGGAAUCCAUGUUGAAGCUGCUGGCGAUUGAAAAUGCGAAUCCGAGAAUGAAGUCGCUGUUCUCCACCCUACCAAAAACGGCUAACGUCUCGGAGAUGCUAGAGGUGGCUUCCAGGGCCACCCAAACACAACAAAACCAAGGCAUGACCAGUGCCUUUGCCGCCGCCCUGGAACCCACCCAAAAGCUCCUCGCGGCAGUUGCGCCACUCAGCAAGAGCCUGCUCGGCUACAGUGUGGUGCGACCGAUGCUAGAGAGACAACCACAACAACCUGGCAUGCAGGUCUACAAAAAAUGGAAGGCGCAGCACGCCAGGCCCCCGCGCCAUGACACAAGUCUCACCAAUGCAGACAUCCACCCCUUUUUGUCUCUAUUGCGGGGCACGCAACCAGGUGCGUUAGUGGACUGGACCGAAAACCACACCAAUGCGUUAAAACGGGUCGUCCACAAACUGGCAACCGGCUUUGCAGAUCGUCGAGAUGCUACCCAAGCCAUUGGAGUCUGGGAUAAGGGUCAGUGGAAGCAACAUUUGAUUCCGAGCACCGACAAGGACAUCCUGCAGACUCUGGAACUACUGGCUAUCAUUUGGGCCUUAACACGAUGGCGACGUGUCCCCCUUAACAUCGUCUCCGACUCGCAAUAUGCGAAAGCUAAGGCCUCCUUGGAACUUAACCUUGCAAGUCAGGUUAAGGAUAAUAGAAAGGGCUUUUUCAAAUACAUAGCUAGCAAAACUAACACUAGAGGCAAUAUUGGCCCAUUAAGGAAUGAGCUGGGAGCCCUGGUGACAGAGGAUAUAAAGAAGGCAGAGGUGCUGAACGCCUUCUUUGCCUCUGUCUUUACUCCUGCAGGGUUUCCGCAUGAGCCCCAGAUUCAUUUAGCCCCAGAAGUAGUCAAGAUAGAUGAGGAGUUUGACAUGGUAGAUGAGGAUUGGGUUAGGGAUCAGCUGAGUAAUCUGGACAUCCAUAAGUCGAUGGGUCCAGACGGAAUGCAUCCAAGGGUGCUGAGGGAGCUGGCGGAGGUCAUUGCUAGGCCACUCUCCAUCAUCUUCAGUAAGUCAUGGGUAACAGGAGAGGUGCCUGAGGACUGGAGGAUAGCAAAUGUCACUCCAGUCUACAAGAAGGGCAAGAAGGAAGACCCGGGUAACUAUAGACCGGUCAGCCUCACCUCCAUCCCUGGAAAGGUGAUGGAACAACUUGUUCUUGUCACUAUCUCCAGGCAUAUCAAGGACAUGGGGGUCAUCAAGAGCAGUCAGCAUGGUUUUAUGAAGGGUAAAUCAUGUUUGACUAACCUCAUAGCCUUCUAUGAGGAAAUUACUAGGUGGAUAGAUGAUGGAAGAGCGGUAGAUGUGGUUUAUCUUGAUUUCAGUAAAGCAUUUGACACCGUCUCUCACAGCAUCCUUGUAGAUAAGUUGAUCAAGUAUGGGUUUGGUGAUCAGGUAGUGAGGUGGAUCAGGAACUGGUUGAAAGGAAGGAGUCAGAGAGUUGUAGUCAAUGGGGCAGAAUCUGGUUGGAGGUGUGUGACUAGUGGAGUCCCUCAGGGGUUGGUACUGGGACCGGUGUUGUUCAAUAUCUUCAUCAACGACUUGGAUGAGGGUAUAGAAUGUACCCUCAGCAAGUUUGCUGAUGACACUAAGCUGGGAGGAGUGGCUGACACACCAGAAGGCUGUGCUGCCAUUCAGAGAGACUUAGACAGGCUGGAGAGUUGGGCAGAGAGAAACAUGAUGAAAUUCAACAAGGGGAAGUGUAGAGUUUUGCAUUUGGGGAAGAACAACCCGAUGUCCCAGUAUAGGUUGGGGGCUGACCUGCUGGAGAGCAGUGUAGGUGAAAGAGACCUGGGGGUCCUGGUAGACAAGAGGAUGACCAUGAGCCAGCAAUGUGCCCUUGUGGCCAAGAAGGCCAAUGGCAUCCUGGGGUGCAUUAGAAAGGGUGUGGUUAGUAGGUCAAGAGAGGUUCUCCUCCCCCUCUAUUCUGCAUUGAAAGCGCAGCUGGUGCAAGAAAAAGUAGUAUACCUGGGAUAUGAACAACAAGGAAAGAAGCCAUCUGCCAAAUGCCUAGACCAGAAACGAUUCCUAAAGUACCAAGCAAUCCUAGCUGAGUCAGAUGACAUAACCAUUCAAGUUACUAACAUUGUGAAUCCAGCCUCGUUUCUAGAAGGAAGAAUAUCAGCAGAACCAAUCGAGCAUGACUGCCUGGAAACCAUCGAAGCAGUCUACUCCAGCCGCUCGGACCUCAAAGAAGAACCAUUUGAAGAUGCAGACACCUGGUUCUCCGACAGCAGCAGUUUCAUGAAGCAAGGAGUAAGGAUGGCAGCGUAUGAGGUAACCACAACAGAGGAGGUAAUCGAAUCAAAUCCUUUACCUGCAGGGACCUCAGCCUAG